AAUAACUAGAAGUUUAACCAAUUUUUGGGCUUGAACAUUUUUAAGUGCUCCUUGAUAAUUAUUAUAUCUUAUAAGUUUUGUUUAUGUAAUAAGUAUUUAUUAUGAAUUAUUCAUGUGUUGAGAGUUUUGUGAAAUUAAAUUCACGUAAAAUUAUUAAAUACUCGGCGAUACUGACGGUGCUAUUGGCUAUAUAUUUAGCACCGGUAGGUGACUAUAUGAUUUCUGGACUUAAGUAUUUGCCCGGAUACUACCAUGACCUGGAUACUACUCGAACUUCCAGACAAAGAGCAGUGGUACAAAUCAUAGAAUCUCGUGGUUUUCAAUCGGAAACACAUUACAUAACCACUGGUGACGGCUAUAUACUAACUGUCCACCGGAUAGUCAACCCAUAUCUUAAAGACAGGUCAUCCUUAAGGCCAGUCCUACUACAGCACGGCUUUCAGAGCUCCGAUAAGGGUUGGCUCAUCACCUCAGCCGGCAAACUGAAUAUCAAUGGCGAGUACAGUGAGACAACCCAUAUCUUAAAGACAGUCCUACUACAGCACGGCUUUCAGAGCUCCGAUAAGGGUUGGCUCAUCACCUCAGCCGGCAAACUGAAUAUCAAUGGCGAGUACAGUGAGGUGGGACGAGAGGGAAAGGUAGGCAAUACCUUGCCGUUCGUGUUGGCCACACAGGGAUAUGAUGUCUGGUUGGCUAAUAUGAGGGGAAAUGUAUACUCACUUAACCAUACCGUGUAUACGAGUAAAGACACAGAAUUCUGGAAGUUCUCUAUCGAUGAGAUGAUUGACUACGACCUACCGGCGCUCAUACAACACAUACUCACCACCACUCAUAAAACCCUAUCGCCCGUCUCAUUCCUGGGUCACGCGACAACACCCCUACAAUUCCUCACCUAUUUUGAGGGUCUCUACAGAUCAUAUCCCACAUCACUGUUGCAUAUGGGAAAAGUGCAAGAGGUUUACGCCCAGUUAUGCGAAAACUAUUUUAUGCAGACUAUAUGCCAAAGAAUAUUCUACGCUAUUAUGGGUUUCGGUGAACAACACUUUGAUUAUUCUAGGGUGGGUUCAUAUUUAUCAACGAUCCCCGCGGGGUCGGGCACGUGGGCGGGGACACACCUUCUGCAGAAAAUGAUAGCCAAAAGACCCGUAAAAUUCAAUUUGGGAACCGAAGAGAAUAUCCGCCGAUACGGACAAUCAGUUCCCCCGGAAUACGACUUAUCGGUCAUAAACUCGACAAACAUUGCA